AUGUCACUCGAUCCGCCUGCGUACAUCCAGUCGCUACAGAACAAUAUCCGAGCACGACCAAUAAGCUGGGAGGGAGCUGUCCGAGCGAAGACGAUCACAGAUGCAGACUUGAAGAAGAUCAAGGCAAUCGACAAGGUUCGGAAGGAGCAAAGGAAGCAGGUCAUCGAGUCGGAUACCGAUACGUAUACUGCACUUCUACUUGGCAAUGGUGAAACGAAGAGCAUAUUCGAGGGCGCAGCAAAGCGAACAGAUAUCCUGCAGUACAUGCUUGUGCUUACUGGCGAUCUCAUAGAAGACAUACCUGCCCUCGUCGACUCCCUCGUGAACCACCCACAUCCUUACAAGGCGCUCUUACCACUUCUGAAGCAGUCAAACAAUGCCGAGGAUCCCAUACCACUCCUCACCUCAGCUGUCUUGUCAUCACUCCUCUCCCGAGCUCUGAUAGCACAGCCGAAGUCCAACCCAGAGAUCGAUGAAGCUCUACCGAAGAUCUAUACCUACAUCUCUGCGCUGUCAAACACUUCGGACUCGAAUCUACAAGACAUCGCGGUACAGGAGUACAGUGCCCUACUGAGAACCUCGAAGUCGCGACAGCAAUUCUGGAAGCAACGAAAGGAGACUCUAGGCCCCCUUGUGGAUGUCCUGCGCAACGCUACUGGUGGAAAGGACACCGACAGCACGUUAUACAAUGGCUCGGCUGGUACAAGCAUACGCAGUGGCGCAGAAAGCACCAGCAAGGUCGGAGGGGGCGUUGGACUCCAGCUGCUAUAUCACGUCCUCAUGGCUAUAUGGCAGCUGUCAUUCGAAGGUAGACUUGUCGGCCCUGGUCUUGACGAGGACUACGACGUCAUCCCGCUCUACAUACAUCUCCUGCGCGUAUCGCCAAAAGAGAAGACUACCCGGCUGCUGCUCGGGACCCUGUACAACCUACUCUCCUACAACAAGAGCACUUUGAUGCCAGCGGCCCUACCAGCCAAGCUCCCGUCCGUGUUGACCAACCUAAAGACACGACACUUCAACGAUGAGGAUCUGCUAGAAGACCUGGACAAGCUCACACAGAUGAUGGAUGAGUAUACAUCUUCACAAACCACUUUCGACGAAUACGCAUCCGAAGUCAACUCCGGCCAUCUUCGCUGGAGUCCACCACACAAAAGUGCAGACUUCUGGCGCGAAAACGCAAAGUCCAUCAUCGAGAACGAGCAAGGUGCGCUUUGCAAGAAGCUAGCAGAGAUCCUGAGCAAAGACUGGGCGAACGACAAGCAAGUUCUUGCCAUAGGUUGUAAUGAUGUUGCAUUCUUGGUGAAGGAGUGCCCGGAGAAAAGGCGAGCGCUCGAGAAGAUGGGGCUGAAGUUGAGAGUCAUGAGCCUCAUGCAGGAUGAGAACGAGAGCGUGCGGUGGGAGAGCCUCAGGGCUGUGGGUGAGUGGUUGCGGUACAGUUUUGACAGUCAGUAG